AAAACGUUUUUAUUCGCCGUGGUUAAUGCCGUUAAUGGUUGACCCUCGAAUUUUUGACAGGUGAUUUAGGUUUUGGCAGCUGUCAGUUGUAUUCUGACGAAACAAAAAUCUAAAUAAAACAAGUGAAAAGUGAAAAUAUUUUUGAAGUUGGAAUAAAAGGAAUAGUCAAAAUGUCAUCUCUAUUAAAAAAUGAUAAGUUCGAACAGUCUGAAGCUGCUGAAUCAUUGAAAGAGUCCCGAAUAAAAUCUGCCAUCGGCGUAGCAAUAGCUGUGACCGGUGGCCUAAUAAUGAUGUUAUUGUUCUUUACGUACCGGUGUGAAAUGGGAGGUGAAAACAGUGUGACUCAGCUAGCAUCAGAGAGCUGCACAGAGGGUCACUCACUCGCCUUGGAUAAAGACUCUCUAAGUUGUGAUUCGGAAACAAAAGUAAAGAAUAAAAAGUUGGAAAAACCUAGGAAAGAUUUACCUAUCCUGAUAACGGAACCUGAGCCCCUCUGCCCUGACGGAACAAUAGCCUGUGGAAGCGGCGAAUGUAUUGAAACGGAACUGUUUUGUAACGGUAUACCCAACUGCCAAGAUAAGUCUGAUGAAAACGGUUGCACAGUCGACGUUGACCCUAACAGAGCUCCGGACUGCGAUCCCAAAUAUUGCUCACUCCCUGACUGUUUGUGCUCCGCCAAUGGAACUCGUAUUCCUGGAGACAUUGAAGUCAACCAAGUGCCUCAAAUGAUAACCAUUACUUUCAAUGGUGCCGUGAACGGUGACAACUACGACUUGUAUAAGCAAAUUUUCGACGGAAAUCGUCGUAACCCCAACGGUUGUCAGAUCCGUGGUACAUUCUUUGUCUCGCACAAAUACUCCAACUAUGCUGCCAUUCAAGAGCUGCACCGCAAAGGUCAAGAAAUCUCCGUUCUCUCCAUCACCCACAAGGACGACCCCAACUACUGGACCAGUGGAAGUUAUGACGAUUGGCUCGCUGAAGUGGCUGGUGCUCGUUUGAUUGUUGAAAGAUUUGCUAACAUUACCGACUCCUCCGUUAUUGGCGUCCGUGCUCCUUAUCUUCGUGUUGGAGGGGAUGAGCAAUUCAAAAUGAUGGCUGACCAAUACUUUGUUUACGAUGCAUCUAUUACAGCUCCUAUUGGUCGUGUUCCUAUCUGGCCAUACACAUUGCACUUCCGUAUACCCCACGAAUGUACUGGUAAUGCUCAGAACUGUCCAACAAGAAGCCACCCAGUAUGGGAAAUGGUUAUGAAUGAGUUGGAUAGGCGGGAUGAUUCUUCUUUCGACGAAUCUCUUCCCGAUUGUCACGUAGUAGACUCUUGUUCUAACAUCCAAACCGGAGAACAGUUCGCCCGCCUUUUGCGUGACAACUUUAACCGCCACUACAGUACCAACCGCGCUCCCCUUGGUCUCCAUUUCCACGCUUCGUGGCUUAAAUCCAAAAAAGAAUUCAGAGAUGAGUUGAUUAAGUUUAUCGAAGAGAUGUUGGAAAAGAACGAAGUUUAUUUCACCUCCCUUAAUCAAGUCAUUCAGUGGAUCCAAAAUCCUACAGAACUAAAAUCACUCAGAGAUUUCCAAGAAUGGAAACAGGACAAAUGCGACGUGAAAGGUCAACCUUUCUGCACUUUACCAAAUGCUUGUCCGUUGACAACUCGGGAAUUACCAGGGGAGGUCCUACGCCUUUUCACUUGCAUGGAAUGCCCCAACAACUACCCUUGGAUUCUAGAUCCUACGGGUGAAGGCAUUUAUGUUAAGAAGAUCUUUUUAAGAUAAAUUGAAUAGACUACACGUCAUGUAAAUUAAACUCAAUAAUGUUAAUAACAAUUACACUAAUAACGUGUAAUGAUGCCCAUCAUGAAUGAAUUAGAUAGGAGGGAUGAAGCUGUCUUCCUGUCUCACAUAUUGGAUUCUUGUUCAAUCAUUUAAAAAACAACAGUUGGCCCGCCGUCGACUCCAGUUUUCUUGAAAGAAGUGAAGUAAUAGUUCCCGCCAAUGACGCUAAUUCGGUACAAAAUUCGUAAUUUUUGCACGAAAAUAAAUAUGCGAUAUGGAUAAAGAGUUACUAAUA